AUGUCUGCGAUAGAGCCCCUCGACCUCCUCAAGCCUAUCUCGGUAGAGGGACAUAUGACGGUAUUACAAUUUACUACCCGGGAUGCCCAGUUGUUCCAGAGCUGCUGGAAACGUCUUCGAUUAACACCUGAAAUUGAAUUAACUCUUGGGCCAAUGGAGAUAAUGAAUCUAUGCAAAUUUGCCGAUAUAGAUCUAGCAAAUCAGCUGCUACACCGAGGUGUGGAUCUUAGAAUCCCUAAUCCAAAUAACGGACUUCCGAAUUGGUAUCAGCUUUUAUACCAACAAAACCCUGAACCGAUGUUAGGUUGGUUCUGGAGCCAUGACGAAGAGAUCCCAGAAGACCUCUUGACUUAUGCGGCGAGACGCAACUGCGUGGCCGGAGUCGUGUGGAUCUCGAACCACACCGAAAGCCACGACGACUGGCGCCAAGCUGUAUCUGCAGCUGCCGACAAAGUGGAGCGGGAGAGCGCUGAAAUCUUUGGAUUCCUUAUGCACCACCCGCCUCCGGGACAUAAAAGGGACGGUAGGGGCCGCACGGGCCGCACACUCUCUGAGGAUCUUUUGAUCACGAUCGUCGGUAGAGCGUGCUCCAAGAGUUGUAUAUAUGAUUUGCUCCUCUCAGGCGAAUGCUCUAAUGGUGAUAUACAACGUUUGCAAAGCGAUAAAGCAUGGUUGGAAAAGGUUGCUGUUCAGAAGAUCCAAACAAUUCAAGGGUUGAAUGAGACUGCCGGAGUGGCUGGUAUUAAAGUUCAAGCGAGGAAAGCCGGUCUAAAAUUGGUGACAGAAGCUCUAGAGACUUUCAAAGGAUAG